AUGGCAAGCAGUUGUAAGAAGGUAAAGACAUACCACUUUCAUUCGGAAUGGGAAGAACAAUACUUUUUUACAGAAGUUAAAGAUAAAAAUGUGUGUUUGUUAUGUAAUACUUCGGUCUCCGUUGCUAAAAAAGGAAAUAUUGAGAGUCAUCAUAAAACUGUACAUUCUAAUUUUGAAAAAUCAUUCCCACUACAUUCUGCCGCCAGAAAGGAGAAACUGAAACAGUUAAAAAAACAGUUAAUCGGACAACAAUCAAUAUUUUUAAGAACAGUCGACAAAAAUGAGGCUGCAACUGAAGCAUUGUACCGUGUGUCCCAGAUAAUUGCACAAAAAAAGAAACCUUAUGAAAACGGGGAAAUGAUAAAACAGGCGUUUUUAGAAGCUGCUGAUUCGUUAUUUGCCAACUUUAGAAAUAAAGACGAGAUAGUUUCAGCUAUAAAAUCUAUGCAACUUUCUGCUAAUACAGUGAUGAGACGUGUAGAAGUAAUGAGCAAUGAUAUUUUUUUACAGUUAAGAACUGACUUAGAUAACUGUGUUUAUUUUUCACUUCAACUGGAUGAAUCAACAGAUGUCGUUGACACUGCCCAGAUGGCCGUGUUCGUCAGGAUGGUUUUUAGUGAUUUUACGAUUAAAGAAGAUCUUUUGAAGUUCAUUCCACUGAAAGGACACACUACUGGACAGGAGUUGUUUUCUCAUUUAAAAAAUAUUAUUUCUUCCGAGAAAAUUCCAAUAUCAAAAAUGGUAGGCUUGACAACCGAUGGCGCUCCAGCUAUGGUGGGUUUUGAUAAGGGUCUGGUGGCGUUAUGUCGUAAAGAUGAAACUUUUUCGCAAUUUCUCUGUUACCACUGCAUUAUCCAUCAGCAAGCAUUAUGUGGAAAUUUCCUGAAACUAAACAACGUUAUGAAACGUGGUAAAAAUUGUGAACAAGAUUAG